CGUCCUGUGUCUGCAGUGUUAAGAAGUGUGCGGGGUGACUGGGCUUUAGUGCUGGAUUACCUGCGUGAAGUCAACAGGACAUUUGGAAAAAGAAGAUCCCAGAUUCAGGACAGCCAUGGAUGAUGUAUACAAAGCAGCGGUAGAGAACUUAACAGAAGAACAGAAAAAUGAGUUCCGCGCUGCCUUUGACAUCUUCGUGCAGGAUGCUGAGGAUGGCUGCAUCAGCACUAAAGAGCUGGGAAAGGUCAUGAGGAUGUUGGGUCAGAACCCCACCCAAGAAGAGUUGCAAGAAAUGGUAGAUGAAGUAGAUGAGGAUGGGAGCGGGACGGUGGACUUUGAUGAGUUCUUGGUGAUGAUGGUGCGCUGUAUGAAAGAGGAGAGCAAAGGAAAAUCAGAGGAGGAGUUAGCCGAAGUCUUCCGCAUGUUUGAUAAGAAUGGAGAUGGAUACAUUGAUUUAGACGAGCUGAAGAACAUGCUGGAGUCAACAGGUGAGGCCAUUACCGAGGACGACAUUGAGGAGCUCAUGAAGGACGGAGACAAAAACAACGACGGCAAAAUUGAUUACGAUGAGUUCUUGGACUUCAUGAAGGGUGUAGAGUAAUUUCCGGCCUGAAUGACCCAAAAGACCCCGAAACCAGUCUGCCCCAAACCAGUCUCUUUGACGUCACCACACAACCGGCACCCAGAUACAAACUUCAGACCUCAUGCGGCGCCGCAAAAAAUAACAGGCGGAUGACAUCAAGAUACCGCGAGAGCGAGACGAGAAAUCAUACCGAUCAUUCUGCGCUCGUGGUACUUUGACGUCAUCUGCCUGUUGGUUUGCACGGCGCCGCAUGCAGUCGAACACACGUUACGUAAGAAAACGUGAUAUGCAUAUAGUCUCUUGUUUGUAAUACAAAGUUAAUGGUGUCUUACCGCAAUCAACAGUAAUAUUGUUUGUGCUCAAUAAAUUCAUUUUCUGUA